AUGUCGCGCCCCUGCCAGCAACGGCGCGCCAGUGCGGCUGCCAACCGGAAAUCCAGAGGGUCCAAGCCAACCGGUCCGCCCCCGAUAAGACACAAAGCACGCCAAAAGGCAAUACACAACGCUCGACGUAGCGAGCGCGGCGGAGCACGUGGCGGGCGUGGUGGAGGCCGCGGAGGAGGUGGAGGAGGCAGUGGUGGCGCCGGACGGGGUGGGCGAGGAGGCGGACGUGGCGGACGUUUUGCGCAGAAGAAUGGCAGGAACGAAUCGGGCCAAGACUUCAUACCUCUAUGCUCUGGUGGCAACAACUUCGAAGCCCUCUACAGGUCCUCACGCAACGACGACUUUGAUCUCGAUAUGGACGGCGACAGUUCCGACUCAGACGAAUUCGGCCAUGAGUUGCUCGACGACGACAUGUAUGAGGCCGAGGAUAUCGAGAUCAACGUGCAGGCGCCACUGCCCACGACCGGUCGGGGAAGACAACCACGAGCGCAGAUAAUGUUUACCGAGGCAGCCGCGGUCGCAGUAUACAGGCAGCUCUAUCUGCGCGAUUACCCACUCAGUACCUCAACUACGCGAGUGCGCUACGGUCUCUACCAGGAGGAUACCUCUGCCGAUUCGGCCGCAUACAUCUCCCUCGCACCAUCCACAGCGUCUCGGCGAUCGAGCGUCAUCAGCAUCAGCAGCGACACAAGCGAAGAGUCCACAGAUGGGCCGACAACACCGGAGGACAAUCCGGCACGCGACUACGUCUUCACGUUCGGCAUGCACAGGGGCGAGCGGUUCACCGAUGUGAACGAAAACUACCUCAGAAUGAUCGGUGGUCAGCUAUACAAAUACAGGGACAAGCAUGCGGGCCUUUUGGAGGCAUUCGAGUACCACAGGCCGGGGCAGGCACGUCUUCGGCCAGACCAGACUCAAACCCAACAGACACAAGCUCAGCUAUCGCAGCCACGACAGCCUCCCACACGGAACGCACAAGGGUCUCGAUCGAACGCUCUUUCGGCAUCAGACACAUGGAGAUUCCACAAAGGCAUUCAUCUAGGAAAGCGACUCCAUGACGUACCUGAAAACUAUAUACGAACGCUAGAGGGCAAUCCCUUGGUCAGAGACGCCUGGCCUGGCUUCAGACAAGCACUCCAGGACUUCAAUGCCAAGACUGGUAGAAAAGGUCGGGUUUGA